UGAAACCCCACGGUUGCAAACAAAUGACAGCCAUGUUGGAAAAAUACCUGUAAUGUGUAGAGGCUUUCUGAGCUUUCCCAAUGGACCCUCGGUACAGUGCCCAAGAUGUCCUGCGUUGUGCCCUGUGUGAGACUCCUGUUCCUCCAAUGUACUGUGACUUAUGUCAUGUCAAACUCUGUAAGGCCUGUGUAGGGGAGCAUCUUUCUGAUUUAUCUAAAGAACAUAAAGUGGUAUCAUACAAACAAAAGGGAACGUCACCAAAAUGUCCAACUCAUGGUGGAAAACUGUGUGAACUUUACUGCAAGGAAUGUGACCUUCCUGUUUGUUCGUUCUGUCUGACAUCUAAUUUCCACAAAGGACAUACUUUAUUGAAUUUACUGGAGAUAAUGAAAACCAAACAAAAGGCCAUACAAAAAGAUGUUGAUGAAUUAUCUAAUUCAGUUUGCCCUAAAUAUGAAGAAAUUUUUGCAGAGAUACAGAGAGAAAAAUCAAACCUAGAAAAACAAUACAAGAAACUGACAACAGCUGUCACCAAACAUGGAGAAGACUGGCACAAAGAAUUAAACAUUAUUGUCAACAAACAGAAAAAUGAAAUUGAUGAGAUGAAAACUAAACACCUGGCUAUACUUAAUAAACAGGAAAAUGAAAUCAAACGACUCAUUUCUGAAGUAAAGCAGUGCAUACUUGAUCUGAAAAAAACAAUGGAUUCCAAUGACGUCUCCCAAACCUCCGCAUACAAAUCAAGGAAUGCUGAAUUCAAAAUAUCACCUCCCAAAGUCACCGUUUCUUUACCGAGUUUCUCUCCACAUCAAAUCAAAGGAGAACAGCUCCAUCAAAUGUUUGGUUCUCUGUCAGCAUUAUCCAUUACAACAGAAGAACAUGGCUACACAAUGGAGACACCAGAAGCUGUAUCCUGUCCUCCAGUCAAACCACUGCUUGAUAAACCAGAGCUCAUCACCACCAUAGACACUGGGUAUAAAUAUCUAAACAGUGUUAACUGUCUCAGUGAUGAAAAAAUCUGGACACGAGGGUCUGACAAAAUCAUGAAACUUUAUAACAUCCAGGGCAAACUACUGAAGUCAAUCCAAACCAAGUCAGGGAACAUACCACAUGACAUAGCAGUGACAAGCAGUGGAGAUCUAGUUUAUACUGAUGAAAAUACAAGAACUGUAAACAUAGUGAAGAAUGACCAGAUACAGGAAGUGAUCAGACUACAGGGGUGGAAACCUUACUAUGUCUGUAGUACCUCCUCUGGUGACCUCCUGGUUACCAUGUACAGUGAUUAUAAACAAUCAAAAGUUGUCCGUUACUCUGGUUCCAAAGAGAAACAAACCAUUCAGUUUGAUAGUAAAGGUAAACCUCUGUAUUCAUUUGAAGAUAUUAAAUACAUCAAUGAGAACAGGAACCUGGAUAUCUGUCUGGCUGACAAUAGAGCCCGUGCAGUAGUGGUGGUUAGUCAUGCAGGAAAACUGAGAUUUAGAUACACUGGUCAUCCCUCUCCUACCAAGGGACCAUUUAGUCCAGUUGGAAUCACAACAGACAGCCAGAGUCAGAUCCUGACAGCAGACUGGGACAACAAGUGUAUCCACAUCCUAGAUCAGGACGGACAGUUCCUCCGUUAUAUUGAUAACUGUGAUUUACAGUUUCCAUGGGGUUUAUGUGUAGACACCAGAGACAACCUCUUUGUAGCUCAGUUUAGCAGUGGUAUAGUGAAGAAAAUCAAAUACAUGUAUUAAUUUUAUUACCUGAACUCUUUGUGAUGGAUAUUAUCAUGGAAGUGUUAAAGACAGGGGAUAUUAACUUGUUACCUUUCAAUUCCUUACACAAAAUAAUGCCUUAUCAACAAUUAAAGAUAGGAAAAGUAUGCCUAUAUAAAUAUUUUGAAUGGUCUCAUUAUACACUUUGAAU